GGGGUGUUGAUCGGAGCAGUUUGGGGGUCACGAGCAGACCUGAACAGACCGGAUCAGCCGGAACCGUCCCCGGUCUGCAGGCGCCAGCAGGAAGACCUUUUCCUCUGAAAACCCCGGAGACAGUUUAUCUGCAAGGAGCCAGACGGCUGCACUUCCCCCGUGAGCAUCAGCGAGUAAGGAAGCCUGCGAGGGUCAGUUCAUCAGGAUGCUGCAGCUGUGCAAAGUGACCCGCGCCCUGUUCAUCAGUAACGCUCGCUCCGCCUGCAGCGACGAGCUGCUGCAGCGCGAGGCCGUGACGCUCUGCAUCAACGUGUCCAAGCAGCAGCCGUUUCCCGCCGCCGCCGCCGUCUCCAAGCUGCAGAUCCCCGUCUACGACGACCCCAACGAGGAUCUGUACGCCCACUUCGACCGCGCCGCCGACGCCAUCCAGAAGGAGGCGAACCGCGGCGGGCGCAGCGUCGUGUACUGCAAGAACGGACGCAGCCGCUCGGCCACCGUCUGCAUCGCCUACCUGAUGAAACACCGCAGACUGACGCUCGCCGAGGCGCUGCAGAAAGUGAAGACGGCCCGUCACGAGAUCGAUCCGAACCCCGGCUUCCUGUCUCAGCUGCAGAGAUACGAGCAGGAGCUGAAGAAGAGACGGAGAGGACAGACAGAGAGACAGACAGACAGAGAAAGAGGGUGA